AUUCGUUUUUUAGAAUGGCUAACACUUGCCUAUAUUCACUAAUAAACUCAUCAGAUGACACUUGUCAAUAUGCAAAGGAUAAUUGUAAUGAUCAAACAAUAUUCCCAUUUACACAUUAUUAUUUUUGCUAACUUGAUCAAAAUUGGGUGAUAUUAAUCUUAAUAGCUGUAUGAGAAUUGAAUUAAUAUUUAAAUAGCCAUUCUUGUUUUUUAUUUUAUUUAACUUUUUAGCAAGGACAGUUGAUGACUAUUUAUCACCUGCAGUGACAUUUAUAGCUGAAUAUUUCAAAAUGUCAUAAACAUUUGCAGGGUAAUUACUAAAUAUUUAUGAAGUGUAACAUUAAUAGCUUUUGCAAAUGGUGUGCCAGAUUUUUUAUGUGCAGUUUUAGCUUCAUAAGAUGAUGAUGGUAUUUUGAUUGCUGUAGGAAGUAUUUUUGGAAGUGGUCUAUUUAUGACAACAAUAAUAGUAGGAGCAGUCAUUUUAUUAUCAGGAAUUGUGAAAGUAAAGAUUUAACAUAUAAAUAUUAAGGCAGAAAAAGUACCUUUUAUGAGAGAUAUUGUAUUUAAUGGAGUUGCUAUAGUAUUAUUGAUGAUUUUUGCAUUUAUUGGUUAAAUUAAUCAUUACAUGGCAAUAGGGUUUUGUUCAUUAUAUAUAAUCUAUAUAGUUGUUGUUUUAGUGAAUGAAAAUAGUAUAAAGAAAAGUAAUAAAACAAAAUAAUUAUAGAGGAAAGAUAAGAUGAAAUUAAUUCAUAGGAAGAAAGAAAAGAAUAAGAAGAAAAAUAAUUGUUAGCAUAAAAAGAAUAAGGAGAAGAAGGAAAUUAAGCUAUAUAAAAUGCUGAUGAAGAAUUGAAAAAAGAAUUAGCAGAAUCUAUUCCUGAAUCUUUUAAGAAAUCUUUUGGAGAAAUGUCUUUAGUCUCAAAACUUAAAUAUGUUUAUAUUACAUCAUUGGAGUUUGUUCGAAAAAUUACUAUUCCUGCAAGUAAUUAAGAAAAAUAUGAUAAAAAAUAUGCUGCUAUACAUUAAAUUGUAUGUCCAAUUGCAAUGAUAGCAUUAUUAGGAUGUAAUAAAUGUAGAUGAUAUAUUUUAAUAGCAUUUUCAAUGGAAAUUUAUGAUAUUAAAGUAUGGAUAAUUUUAGAAGUAAUUGGAUUGUUUCUAUUUAUCUAUUAAAUAAUAUUUGAAAUUCCUAUAAUUAUAUUAUCAAUGGAAUGUGUUGUAUGCUCAAUUAUUUGGUGUAAAUAGGUUAUUUAAGUUUUAAUUGAUUUUAUUUUGGUAAUAAUAAAUUAAUUUAUUUAGUUAAUAUAAACAAUUACUGGAGUAAGUUAUUCUUAUUUAGGAAUGACAUUUUUAGCAUUUGGAAAUUCUACUUGUGAUUUCUUAGUAAAUACUAAAUUAGCAUCAAUUGGUUAUGGAUUGAUGGCUAUGACAGGAUGUUUUUCAGGAACUAUUUUUAAUAUGUUAUGUGGAUUUGGUGGAGCAUUGGUUAGAUUGACUGCUAUUGAAAAAUAUCCAGGAAUUGUUUCUUUUGAUUUAUUUAGAGAUCCUAAAAGUGAUUCAUAAACUGAUAUUGUACAUUACAAAUUAAUCAUAGAUUAUCACAAGAAUGAAUAAUUCUAUUGCUUAUUGUGUCAUCAUCUUUUCGUUAAUGAAUAUCAUAAUGACAUGCAUUGUUGUAAUUACUAAAAAGUAUUCAUUUAUCAUCUAUUUCUAGAUUCAAACUCACUAAAAAUUUAGCUUAUUAUUAUUUCUUUAUUUAUUCAGUGUUUUUCAUUUUCAUUACAACAUUAACAGUUGCAUUAAGUUCCAUAGUCAGCUAUUUAUCAGAACAAUGA